GUCGAAUCUGCCUUUAAUUCGGAGGCCUUUGCUCUUCCCACCCUUUCAACUUCCUCUCCUCUCCCUGUCUCCCGCCGUCCGGUGGCCGCCUUCAGCGAUGUCUCGCCACGAAUGGCCAUGGUGCCGCUCGAUCGUACUCUUGAGAUCGCGCCCACGCCGCGAGACAGCGUCUUGGACAUGGUGCUGCCCACCUUGCCCCUUCCCCUCGACGCGCCUCUGUACCCCACUACUGAAGGCAACGCGCCGAUGGAGGCGGUGAAGCGGACGUACCAGCCGUCGACGGUGAAGAGGCACCACACGCACGGCUUCCUGGUGCGCAUGCGCUCCAAGAACGGACGUCGCACCAUCGCCCGGAAGAAGGAGAAGGGACGCCACAAGCUCGGCAUUUAA